AUGCAACAAAGGAGACGGGUCUCUCUGGAUGCGGUGGUGCCGGGUACACCGGCAGGAGGUUGGGCAGAUGAUAAAAUCCGCCGGGUUGGAGCGGUUGAGAGUUUGGUGGUGUCGGCUCUGGGACUCUUGGCGGCUCGUGAAAAUGUGGAUGCUGCUGCAGAUCAUCGAUCGGAGUUGCUUUGGGUGGGGGUGGGCGGCUUGGCGGCUUGGCUAGCUGUGGUUUUGAUGCCUCUGGAUCUGGAACCAUUGGGUUUGGAGGUUGGGGUGGAGGCGCUAACGUUUGUACCGGUAAUAGGGGUUGUGGUGGAGGUUGAGGUGAUAGAAGCUGAAAUGGUGGAGGUGGCGGCCAUGGGGAUGAUGGAGUUGAGGGCGGAGGAGGGGAAGGCGGUGGUGAAGGCCAAGGAGGGAGAGGUGGCAGCCGAGGUGGUGAAGGAUGUUGAGGAGGCGGCGGUGAUGGAGGUGGGGGCCGAGGAGGGGAAGGCGGUGAUGAAGGCGGCGGUGAUGGAGGUGGGGGCCGAGGAGGGGAAGGCGGUGAUGAAGGCGGCGGUGGUGGAGGUGGGGGCCGAGGAGAGGAAGGCGGUGGUGAAGGCGGAUGUGACGGAGGUGGGGGCCGAGGUGGUGGAGGUGGGGGCCGAGGAGAGGAAGGCGGUGGUGAAGGCGGAUGUGACGGAGGUGGGGGCCGAGGUGGUGGAGGUGGGGGCCGAGGAGGGGAAGGCGGUGGUGAAGGCGGAUGUGGCGGAGGUGGGGGCCGAGGUGGUGGAGGUGGGGGCCGAGGAGAGGAAGGCGGUGGUGAAGGCGGCGUUGGUGGAUGUAGGUGUCGGGCUGUUGGCUCCAAUCGAUAUCCCUUUGGUGUGGAUGGAGGUGGCAACAGAGGAGGUCGAGGUGAUGGUGGUGGCCGUGGAGGCCUCGGUGGCGCCGGAGGCCUCGGUGGCGGUGAAGGUGGCCGAGGCGGUGAAGGUGGCGGUGAAGGUGGUUGCGGUGGCGAUGUUGUUGGGAGAGGUGGUAAGGCGGGCUGGGAGGAAGGCGCAAUCGAUGACGGGGUUACAUAGGUUGUUGGGACGAGAUCAGAUGGUGGUGGUGGAGGUGAUGGUGGUGGAGGUGAUGGUGGUGAUGGUGAUGGUGGUGAUGGAGGUGAUGGUGAUGGUGGUGGUGAUGGUGAUAGUGGUGGUGAUGGUGGUGGCAUUAAGAUGGGUUGUGAUGGUGGCGGCAUUGGCUCUUGAAAGCAUGGGUUGGCACUGGCAUUGCAUGGGGUUGUAA